CUCUGAUUGGGUGAAGACAACAGUCUCAGAUCAAAGAAAAAAUGUCGUUCAAAAUAUUGGCAGUGGUUUUAAUUGUUUCGACAAUGUACGUGAUGUGCGUGACAGGACAUGGUCACGCUCAUUCAUUCCAACAUUUUCAUGGACCAGUGAUUGGUGAGGAUAAAGAAGUGACAUAUACUGACAAGCAUGGACAUCAUCAUUACGAUUAUGUUGGUCAUCCUCACUACAAGUUUUCAUAUGGCGUUAAGGAUCCUCACACUGGUGAUCAUCAUGGACAGAAAGAACAUCGUGAUGGCAAAGAGGUUCAUGGUGAAUAUUCUGUUCAAGAGCCAGGUGGAAAUUUACGAACAGUAAAAUAUUACGCAGAUAAAAGUGGUUUUCAUGCUCAUGUUCACAAUAGCCAUGGAAAUAACCACAAUGGUGGCAGUAGUGGUGAUAAUUAAAAAUAAUUAUCUUUGUUUUUAUUGUUUAUGUUAUUAUUUUUUAGUUGUUUUUUCUUCUUUUAUUCACAUCAUAUCAUUUUUAUG